UUACAUUUAGGUUGUAACUUGAAUUGGUUGUAAAGUUCAAGGACCUCAUAGCAAUUAUCCCUUAUGACUUCUCUCCUCUUAAUUACAACAGUGUUGACUUUCCUUUUCAUCCAGCCUCACACCUUUCUCUCUCAAUAUAAAAACCAAGUUGCCAAAUUGCAUUGUCCAUCAAGUGUCAAAAGUUGAGAUAAUUUAAACUCAGAAAAGGGUUUCAAAAAAUGGAUGUUGAAAUUGAAGUUCCAUCACAUUUUCUAUGCCCAAUUUCAAUGCAACCAAUGAAAGAUCCAGUCACAAUAUCAACUGGCAUCACAUAUGACAGAGAAAGCAUACAAAGAUGGUUGUUUACAUGCAAAAGAACAAGUUGUCCGGUUACAAAACAACCCGUAUCCGGUACCGAUCUCAUCCCUAACCACACCCUUCGUCGGUUAAUCCAGUCAUGGUGCAAGAUUAACUCGCAUUACGGGUUUGAUCUCAUCCCGGCGACACCGAGGAAGCCGGUGGACAAGUUCGAGAUCAUAAAGCUUGUAAACGAUGCGAAACGACACCCCCAAAACCAGAUCAAGUGCUUGAGAAGAUUGAGAUCGAUUGCACAAGCGAGCGAUUGGAGUAACACGUGCAUGGAGGAUUUGAAACUAUUCGAGUUCUUGACGACGGUGAUAUUAAGCGAACAUAACACUGGAUCCGUCACUGAAGCGUGUGAUGAAGCCCUAUUUGUGCUUCAUCAUCUUCAUUGUAUGGAUUCAGUGUUAUCCAACGCUUUGUUGCGCGCAUCAGGCCCAAGUAGGCCUGAGAGUACCUCUGCGGACCCCGCAUGUGUGGCGUCCUCAGGGUUUGCCCUUUUAAAUGCGUUACUGCAUGUAAUGAGAUUUGGAAACGUCCAAUCUCGUUCACAUGCAAUAACGCUGUUAAGAUCCGUCAUCAAGAUGACGGAUCCUGCACAAAUCUCCAGUAUUACACCAGAACUUUUCAACCAAACCGUACGAAUCUUGAAAGAAAAUGUUUCGCAACAAACGAUCAAAGCUGCAUUGGAGCUUGUCGUGGAGAUCAUUCGAUGGGGGAGAAACCGAAUAAAGGCGGCUGAAUCAGGGAUGGUUUUGGUACUUAUUGACCUUCUAAUCGAAAGCUCAGACCGGCGGGGAUGUGAGCUGAUGCUGGUGGCGUUGGAGCAGAUUUGCCGGUGCGCAGAGGGGCGGGCGAAGCUCGUGGAGCACGCGGCCGGGCUGGCGACAGUGUCGAAGAAGAUCUUGAGGGUUUCUCAUGUGGCAAGUGAUAGGGCAGUGAGGAUAUUGUGUUUGGUUUGUAGGUUUUGUGCAAGUUAUGGUGUUCUUCAAGAGAUGGUGGAAGUGGGUGUUGUUUCAAAGCUUUGUUUGAUGAUUCAGAUUGAUUAUAGUGAGAGAACAAAGGAGAGAGUGAAGCAGAUUUUGACAUUGCAUUCUAGGGUUUGGAAGGAUGCUUCUUGUGUUCCUGCUCAUUUGCUUUCACCAUAUCCUUCAUUAUGACUUGUAAUUAAAGGUUUGCUUAUUGAUAUUUUAACAAAUUAUAUUGUUUUUAUUUUUAUUUAUUUAUUUUUUAAUGGCAAAAUGUUACUCACUCCUUUACCAA